AAAAUACUCAAACCCCAACUCCUAGUCCUGAUACUUCAGAAAAUACUCAAACCCCAACUUCUAUUCCUGAUACUUCAGAAAAUACUUCAACUCCAACUCCUAGUCCUGAUACUUCAGAAAAUACUCCAACUCCAACUCCCAAUUCUACUAUAGAUUCAAUGAAACUACCAUUUGAAGAAGAAUAUAGUAUUUUUUCAGAUACUAAAAUACUUGACAAAAUAAUGUUUAUAAUAAAUUCUCAAAUCAAUUCUAACAGUUGCUCCAUUUCUACUCAACUAGAAUCUAUAUCUAUACCAUCAGAAACAACCACCAUUAUUAGCAUUUCUUGUAGUGAUUGUUCAGUUGAUUCUACAGUGGAAACCACUUACAAAGGUCCAAUUGCUACAACAAUUGAAUCAGAAUCAGAAUCGGGAAUGUACUCAACCACCACUUUUUAUACAACAACCACGAAAUAUUACCCAGGUUAUACUACAACUUAUUGGGAAACUACAAAUGGAAUAGCAACUCCGCAUGAAGUUUAUAUUCCUCCAAGUACCGUGAUUGUCGUUCAAAAAGUUACUGCAGCUUAUGCAGACCUGGUUGUAGAUCCUACUUCUAUGACUACUCUUUCUUCUAAUGCUGGUGAUUCAAUUAAUUUAAAUAUAUGGAAAGAUAAAUUAAAUCGUAUAAUAAUUUGUUUGUGGGCAAUUGAUAAUAAAUAUAAUCGGAAUAUAAAUGGAUGCCACAAUUGUUCAUUGGAUUUAUUGGUAUUUCCACAAAGUGAAUUCAUGACAAGGCUACAAGAAGCAUUUAAUGCUGCUGCCGAUAAACCUUUCAGUAUAGAAAAUCUUAAAGACUUUUUGCCAUUUUGGCAGAACCGAUUGAAAUUUUUCCAAACAAAUACUAAAGAACAUAUGAAUUUUACUUCACCAAUAGUUUCUCCAGCCGCAGUUCAAAGACUUAAAGGAGUAGCUUCUAAGCACGAGAAAAGAUUUAUUGCGCAUAGUAAUAAGUUAGAUGAAAUAAUAGAUACAAGAAAUAUGAAUGGACUUGGUUUGUCCAAAUGUCUCAAGAAAAUUCAAAAUCCUAAUACAAUGCAAAUAUGGAAGGAAGAAGUAGAAGAAUAUAUGACAACUGUUUCAGAAAAUUCUACUAUUACUUCUAAUAUUGGUACUUCAACUGUUACCAAACAAAAUAAUAUAAAGUAG